GUGAACUGGGUAAUUUCACUCUAGCACUUUGAUUUCAGUGAGAACAGCUAGAGGAGCAACAGAAGCAGCAAUGGAAAGCUGUUUUUUGGGAACAGUCUGCGUGGAAAUGGCUCAGAGAUAGCCUCUUCCUUAGCUAACUCCUGUCCUGUGCAGUUUAUCACUGAUCGAUAUCAAAUGAACGAAAAAAAAAGCAAAAAGCAAAAAAGCAACAGAAGUUGAUUCGACUUCCAUCAAUAAAAACCACUGCUCUCUCUUCUUUUACUCUUUGGAUUUCAGCAACUAAUACAACACUCUGCAAUAAUAGCUUGCACUAGCUCACACUCCUCCACUCACACUCCUCCAUUUUACUCAUAUUCUGGUUUAUUCUAGUAGACCUCUGAUCCCAAAUGUCUGUUUCAACUCCUUUAUUGGACACUACUUUCUACGAUAUCUCUUCAGAUGAAGAAACCUACCAGAAUGACAACAGAUCCCUUUUUUCCACACUGUCAAUAAGCACACUAAAUACCUUUAACAAUAUAAAACAUCGCAUACUAGACUUUUAUGACAGAAAUAUUGGUUUGGGCUAUGUGAUGAUUGCAAUGUUUGCAUCUUCUUUGAUGUUGGUUGGAACAAAAUUGCUAGAAUUCGACGAUGACUACCAGAAAGCAAUGCAUCCUUUGCAGAUUUUAUUUGUCAGAAUGAUCUUUACUGUUAUAAUAUGCUGGACUUAUAUGUACUUUGUACCCAUUCCUGAUGCUCCCUGGGGUCCUAAGAAAUUUAGAUUUCUACUAUGCCUAAGAGGUGUGAUAGGCUUCUUUGGUGUCUUUGGCUUGUAUUAUUCUGUGCUUUACUUGUCUGUCUCUGAUGCUGUUGUUAUAACCUUUUUGAAUCCCUCAAUUGUUGCCCUAGAAGCAUUUAUCAUUUUACGUGAAAAUUACUCCCUAUUUGAAGGCAUAGCUGCUACUCUCUCAUUUGGCGGUGUUAUAUUGAUUGCAAGACCUGCCUCGAUCUUUGGCCAAAGUCAAGACUUUGAUGAUAAUAUAGAAUCUCCUGAUAAUAGCUUGAGAGCUUCGGCUGUUGUUGUAGCACUUUGGGGUGUCUUUUGUGCUGCCUCUGUUGUUAUAAUUCUCAGGCAUAUGGGCAAUAAAGUUCACACUUUAAUCACUGUCCAGUAUUUUUCUUUAUACUGUCUAAUUGUCUCUGCCUUGGGUCUUAUUUUCAUUCCAAGCUUAUCGUCGGUUUGGCCCCAUACUUUGAAACAAUGGUUGUUACUACUACUAGUUAGCGUUUGUGGGUUUUGCAACCAAUUUUUUUUAACUUUGGGUGUUCAAAAAGAGAAAAAAGCUGGUAGAGCUGCGUUAAUGAACUAUACCCAAAUGAUGUGGGCUCUUGUAUGGGACAUUGUAAUCUUUAAUCAUCUUCCAAGUGUUUUAAGUUUUAUUGGUUUCACAGUUAUCUUAGGUUCUGCUUUAGCUGUUUUAUUAUUAAAACCAAAAGAUAAUAACUAUAAUCUUCUACAAUCCAUAGCUAAGACUGCAAAUAACUUGCACAAUUUGAUUCCCUUGGGUGUUUUAUAUUUUUAUGGCUUUCCUAGGCUCGCUUGUCAAGAAGCAAUAGCUCCUGAUGGUUGGCAUUGGCUUAGUCUUCCAUUUGCUCUUUCCCCAAACUUUACUGUUAAUGGAACCAACCACUCGUUAUCAAAUUUGGUCCUCGACUUGAGAUAUCUCUUUGAAAGAUCCCAGAUCAGAAUCACUUAUAAGAUAUUUGGUUUCCAGCUACUAGUGCUCAGAAUCUACGUUGUUCCCAGAGAUAUUGAAAAUCAUGAAUUCAUUUCUACUUUGAAUAACUACUUUUCCAGAGGCAAAUCAAUACAUUGGCAUCAGGAUAAAUACAGAAAAAUAUUAUCAAAUCUUAUUGAAAUAUUGGAUUUUGAUCGAGAUUCAUGGAAUCUUCAUAAAUCAAUUUAUACUAAAUCUCAAAAAUAUGAUAAAAAGAUUCUUGUCUUUCCUUGUUUAAAGGACCAUUUUGAAACCUUUAGUGCACAUCAAUUUGGUGUUAAUAUGCACCUCCCAUUUCCAAACUAUGAUAAAGUCGCUUCAGAAAAUCAAUUCUAUUUAAAUUUUCAUUUAAAUCGAUUGAUAAAUCAAAAAUCUGUUACCCAAUUUAUUUCAUCGAAUUUUAAAAUUGAUUCUUGUGAUAAAAUUUUAAUAGAUUUAUACAACUCUAUUCAUUUUAAUAAACUAGACUUGAAUAAAACUCAAAACUCUUUAUUAACUUCUAAAAAUAAUCUGAAAUCUGAUUUCUCUGUUUCCUACUUUGAACUAGAAGAACUCAUAUCAAAUGUAACCAAUGAUAAUAUUCAAGGAUUUAAAAGUUCCUUAUAUGUUUUCCAAAGAGAAUCAAUCAUUAAAAUGUUAUGUCAAGAGUUUAACUCAAAUUCAAAUUUAUUACCUAAUUUAUUUGCCUUUACGACAAAAGAAAAAAAUCCUAUUAAUAAUCAAAACUUUUAUUUCGAUAUUCAAAAUUUCAGCUUUUUAAAAAAUGGAGAUUACUAUAAGAUUCCCAAAGGGGGUAUAUUGGCAGAAAAUAUGGGUUUGGGUAAAACUUGUAUGUGCUUAGCUUUAAUUUGUCUAACAAAAUAUCAAUUGCCCACUGUUUCACACGACACUUUUAGUAAAUUCUUAUUUUUUAAACAAGAAAACCUUAUAGAAGCUAAAAAAGUUAAAAAACUUACCGAGCUUUGUAUUGACCAGAUGAAUGAAAAAUUAGUUCCUUGGAGGCAAUAUCGAAAUUUUAUUCCAGAAAUUUAUAUUUGCGAUUUAUAUAAAAAUCCACCAUUUGUCAACAUUGCUACCGAAUAUUUUGCUGAUACUAAUCUUCAGAUUAGAAGAUCCCAAAGAAUUUUUGAACAAAAUAAAAAUAAAGAUAAUAAUAAUAAUUCAAGAAAGAUUUUAAUUUCAUCUUCAACUCUUAUUAUUUGCCCUGAUAAUUUAGUCAAACAAUGGGAAAAUGAAAUUGAUAAACAUAUUGAAUCUCAAUUUUUAAAUGUUUUUCUUGCUCCAAUAUAUCUCACUUUUCCUGACCCAUCAGAUUUGUUAGAUUAUGACAUUGUUAUGAUAAGUUUUUCAACAUUUAGCAGAGAAUUACUGAACAAUCACUCACCUCUUCUCGAUAUUUAUUGGAAAAGGAUAAUAGUAGAUGAAGGUCAUGGUAUGAGCAGCAAAAGUUCAAAAAAAGUAGAGCUUUCAAAGAAGAUAUUUGCAGAAAGAAGGUGGGCAAUAACAGGUACUCCAACAGCUGGUUUGACUGAUCUACAUUUAAAUGAGGACUUAUCUUAUGAAGGUGACACAAAUAAAACUGAAAAAAAUGACGAAAAUCCUAAAAGUCUCGAUAGUUCAGAAAAUUCUAAUGAGUAUAUAAUUAAAGGAAAAUUUUCAUCAAAAGAUGAUUUGCAAAAAUUAGGAUUAAUUAUUUCUGGGUUUUUAAGAAUUGAACCAUGGUCAAGAGAUUUUUCAUGCUGGCACAAAUUAAUAGUAAAACCCUUUUUUAACAACAGUUAUGGUUCUGUUCAGAAGUUAAAAGACCUAUUAAACUCUACUAUUAUCAGACAUAACCUAGUUGACAUCCAAAUUGAAUCAGAUUUGCCUCCUCUUCAUCAUAAAGCAAUAUUUUUAAAUCCCUCUUUUCACAAUAAAUUGGCGCUUAAUUUGUUUACUUCUGUUCUAGCUAUUAAUGCAGUAACAUCUGAAAGAGUCGAUCAAGAUUAUAUGUUUCAUCCUAAAAAUGGUAAGGACCUUAAAACAUUAAUUACCAAUUUACAAAGAGCCACCUUUUAUUGGACUGGGUUUUCAAGAUAUGAUGUAGAAAAUUCUUUAGCUAUUUCAGAAAAAUCUUUAAAAAUGAUUAGAUCUAAUGGGGAGCCAUACUAUAAUCCUGAAGAUAGAAAAUUAUUAGAAAAAAGUAUUAAAGUAGCUAAACAAGCUCUAUCAAAUGAUAUUUGGGAAACAAAUUCAGUACUCCAUGAAAUGAGUUAUUUUGUGUCUGGUUUACCUUCUCUUUAUGUUGAAAGUUUCGCUAAUAGUAUUAUUUCAUAUCAAAAGCAUACAAUUGGUCUAUAUUCUUUUCUUCAAUUGAGUGCUAUUCAAAAUUUUUUUUUUAAAAAUAGGUUUUUGAAAGAUGAGGAUGAAAAGAAAUUAGAGAAAAACCUUUUUAAUAGUUCAUGGAUAGGCUGGGAUGAAUCUUGGAAAAAUAAAGAUAAAACCCACAAAAAUAGUAAAGUUACUGAUGUUCAAACAAUUGAAAUUGUGGAACAAAACCUGGAAAAACAAGAAGAAAAUUCUAAGGGAACUUCUACUCCAUCGCCAAAACGUAAAAGCGAGUUAACCAUAAGACUAACCAGCUCAAAUCCAAAAAGCAAAAAUAGAAUGGGUGAUUCUGAUUAUCAUCAUGAUUAUGGUUAUAAUCAUAUUAGAAAUAAGUCUCCAAUUUUAUUGAAAAGCAAAAACAAAAUACUGAUAUCUGAAACUAAAAACGCAAAAAUAAUUGGCACUUUAUCAGCAAAAUUAUCUUAUUUGGCUUCUAGACUAUUGGAACAUCAAUUAACAUCGAUCAAAUCGCUUGUAUUUUAUCAAUUUGAAGACUCUGCUUAUUAUUUGAUUGAGAUAUUAGAUUUAUUGGGAGUUAAUUAUUUUCUUUAUUCGUCGUUUAUUUCUAUUGCGGAAAGAAAUAAAAAACUAGAUGAGUUUAGUAAAUUUGAUGAUGGAGGAGUGUGUUUAAUAAUGGAUUUGAAGCUAGCUGCACAUGGGUUAACCAUUGUAUCAGCAACCAGAGUUUAUUUCAUUAAUCCUGUAUGGAAGAAAGCCACUGAAGCUCAAGCAAUUAAAAGAUGUCAUAGAAUUGGACAAAACAAACCUGUUUAUGUUGAAACUUUAAUCUUAAAGGGUACAUUAGAAGAAGAAAUGUAUAAAAGAAGACACACAAUGAAUAAUAAAAAUGAAUUUACUGAAAAUAAAACAGAUGAAGAAAAUUUGAACCAGAUUGAACAGAUGGAUACAAAUAAAGAAGUUUUUGAAGAUAAUUACAUGCGAGAUUAUUUUUCAAAGCAUGAAUUUGUUGAAAUAAACGAAAACGAACUUGAAUAUUCAUCAUUUUUAGCAUUAUCCACAUCUAAAAAAAUGUUAUUGGUUGAUGACUAUAAGUUUUUUAGUGAAAAACGAUUUGAUAAAAACCAAAUAUUAAAAUAUUUGAAAGAGGAUAAAUUUGGAUUAGACAAACAUCUUGGGAUAGUUGACAAAGAAACUGGAAUCAGAAAAUGGUACAUUUCACUAUUUACAGAAAUGGCAUUAAGAAAAGUUAAUAGAUUUAAUAAGAGUUUUAAAAGGAUAAGCGCUAAAAACACUGGAAAUUAUGGGAAGAAAUUUAUUGAUAAACUCGACAAUGUUUCAAAAUUAUCUACAAAACCAAGUGACCAUAAAGCAAUUCUUAAGAAUCCAAAAAAAAGACUACUCAUUAAAAUAACACUGAGUGAAGAGCUUAAUAAAUUAGGAAUUGAAAAGAGAUUAAAAAAAGAUGGUGAUAAAGUUUUGAGUAAAAAGCCUCCAAAGAAAAAAAAAAAAUUAAGAUUUUGUGAGUAAUCAUUUUAAUAUUGAGCAGAAAAUCGAUUAAAAAUCAACUGUCAUAUUAAUUUCAAUGAAAUUUUAUAGUUGAAAAUGCAUUUUUUGGCAUUUGAUGAUAGAUGAACUGUUUGAGUUAAUUAUAUAUAAAUAAAAGCAGAAAAAAAAAUCGUAUAUAAACAUUAAUACUCUAAAAUUAAUGAAUAUUUCUAAUUUAUUUUGAGUUUUUAAUGAGAAUAGAAUGAACCUAUUGAUAUACAGAUUUUGAAAGAUCAUUGCACAAAAGUAAAAAAAAAAAAUUUACAAAGACCACAAAAGUCGAAUUUUUGAUAUAUUUUAGUUUCUGUUUCUUUUUAAUAUUUAUCUUGAUAUCUUGAUAUCUCACAAUUUUGAUAUUUC